AUGCCUCUCGCUGCACGCGAUUGUAGCAACGAAGGGGCGAGAGCUUGCGAGGCCCUCGUCUCGGCGGGGCUUGGGGACCAGGUCCUUGCUAUGGCCGACGCAGCAUACGAGGCCCGCCUUGAGUCAUGGUGGUCAAGCAGCUCGAGACUUCGACCCGCUUGCAUAGUUCAACCCAAGAAUGCACAAGAUGUCGCCAAGAUAGUCAGCGUCCUCGGUCAGAACACGACGGGGGAUUUCGCUGUCCGAAGCGGAGGACACAGCCAUUGGGCAGGAGGCAAUAACAUCGACGGCGGUGUUACUGUUGAUCUGGGUCAUCUGAGAGCUACGAAGUACAACACGGAGACAGGUAUCGCCUCGAUCGAGCCUUCUUCUAGGUGGGCUGAUGCAUUCCUCACACUCGAAAGGUCUGGUGUUGCGGUGCCCGGCGGACGCGAUGGCAACGUUGGCAUUGGUGGUUUCCUGACUGGCGGGGGCAAUUCGUACUACACUGGCCUGUACGGCUUCGGCUGUGAUAGUGUCGUCAACGCCGAAAUUGUUUUGGCAGAUGGCAGCAUCAUUGAUGCCAACAAGGACAGUCACCCUGACCUUCUCAAGGCGCUCAAGGGUGGCUGGGGCAACUUCGGUAUCGUCACUCGCUUCGAUCUCGAAACAUUCCCUUCGAAGCCCUUGUGGGGAGGUAUACGUGCAUCGGAGAACUCUCACACAGCGGCUGUCGGAGCUGCCAUGGUGAACUUCACAGCAAAUUACCACAAGAAUCCAGAGGCUGCCUAUCUCAUCAAUUUCACCUACAAUCCUGGAAUGUCUUCAGACAUCCUUGUUGCCCAAGUCGUCGUUGACACAAGUGGCAAGGUGGCACCUCCAGCUUUCGACCAAGCUUUGGCAGUGCCUGAACUCUUCAACGACAUCAAGGUCCGAUCCAUGGGUAACAUGUCAAAUGACUACCUUCUGCCUCCUAGCCUACACAAUGUCUGGUUUACCUUGACUUUCAAGAAUGAUGAGCGCGUCAUUCAAAAGUCUGCCGAACUGCACGAGAAACUUGUAGCCGAGAUGCUCAAGACCGUGCCCACGAACGACCUGGGCACCCAGAACCUUUUCCAGCCCAUUCCAAAGUUUUUCGCCGAGAUUGGGGAGUCUCGUGGUGGUAAUGUCCUCGGUCUCGACCAGGUCGAGGGAGACUCCCUUAUGUGGCUCCUCGCCUGUACCGUCAGGGAACCCGAGCAUGAGAAAUUGCUGCACGAAAAGGGAUUGGAGAUGAAAGCAGCCCUGGAGGAGUUCGCCAAUUCGAUUGACGCGCUUCGACCAUGGGUCUACAUCAAUUAUGCUGAUCCCACGCAAGACCCAAUUUCAAGUUAUGGCAAGGCCAACGUUGAGUUCUUGCAGAAGGUUUCGGCGAAGUAUGAUCCCACUGGUAUGUUUCAGCGCAGAAUGAGAAGUGGAUUCAAGCUUCCGGCUGCUGCCAACUAG